CCUCCAAAAAAAGCAACACCCAAUACUGCAACAAAUUGAAUUCUAUUUUCUCAAAAAAGUUAGAUCUAAAAACACAGUGUUUUAUUCUCUAAGGUGAAGCUAUGAAACUAAGAGAUGGAAGUGGAAUCACUCUCCUAGUAUUGCUAUUGUGCUUAACACGUCUCUCUCUGAAAACAGAAGCUGUGUGGAUGACAAUUCCCAGUUCAGGAACAAAGUGCGUGUCUGAGGAUAUCCAAACACACGUUGUCGUUUUAGCUGAUUAUUAUGUUGUUACUGAAGAAGGUCCUCAGCUUCAAACAAUUUCUGCAAAGGUAACGUCUCCAUAUGGAAACAAUCUUCACCAUAAUGAAAAUGUUACACAAGGGCAGUUUGCAUUUACGACAACCGAAAGUGGAAAUUAUGUUGCGUGCUUUUGGAUGGGUGGAAAUCAACAAGAAGGUGCAACUGCAAGUGUAAACCUUGAUUGGAAAACUGGAAUUGCAGCCAAGGAUUGGGAUUCUGUUGCAAAGAAAGAAAAGAUUGAGGGCGUUGAACUUGAACUCUUGAAGCUUGAAGGAAUAGUCGAUGCUAUCCACCAAUACCUAACUUACUUGAAGGACAAGGAAGCAAAUCUGAGGGAAGUGAGUGAAAAAACAAAUGCUAGAGUCGCAUGGUUUAGCAUCAUGUCUCUCGGUCUCUGCGUUUCUGUUUCCGCGUUGCAACUUUGGUAUCUAAAGAGCUAUUUUCGAAAGAAGAAACUCAUAUAGAUAUUGCUAUUUAUACGAGACUCCUCGACAACAUUAUUUUUCCUUUUUGAGAAUUUGGUUGAAGUAGGAGCACUCGCAUCGCAAUAGGUUUCCUUCCUAACAGAAUGCAUACGAAUUGAGUAGUGGAAUGUGUACUUCUUGUCAUUCUUCUUGAAUUUUCUCUAUGUUGUUUUGUUUUCAGUGUUUGUAGAAUCUCAUCCAUUUGUAUUACAUUAAACACGAGAUGCCUCGGCGAUUCGAUGGUUGAAUGUAAGUUAUUAAUCUUGAUAAUUGAAGGCACACAUAAAAAAAAUGAUUAAUUACAACUUUUGUUUUGGAA